CCGUCCACCGUUGUGCGUUUGGCAGUGUUGUGUGUGUAUGUGUGUGUGUGUGGGCUUCCAUGGACUCUGUGGCUCCUUUUGUGCUGCUUUUGCUGCCCGGCCUCCAGUGGGCAGCUGCCGAGGACACAAGCUGGACCUACACUGGCAUGGUGGGGCAGUCGGAGUGGUCGGAACAUUUCCCCGAGUGCGGCGGUUCCUCUCAGUCUCCCGUUGACGUGGUGACCAGCCAAACUAAAUAUGACCCCGACUUGAGCCCCCUCACCCCGCUGGGCUACAGUCAGCACGACAACAGACCCUUCACGCUCUACAACAAUGGACACACAGCUGUGAUCGAGCUGCCAGACUGGAUGAGCCUGGGGGGGCUGCCCUGGCUCUUCUCAGCCGUACAGAUGCACCUUCACUGGGGCAGCGGCGGCCCGAGCUCCGGGGGCAGUGAACACACCAUCAACGGUCAGAGCGCAGAGGCGGAGCUGCACGUGGUGCACUUCAACUCGGAGCUCUAUCCCAACGCAUCUGUCGCCAUGACGCAAAGGAACGGCUUGGCGGUGCUGGGAAUUCUCAUUGUGACAGGCGAGGAGACCAACCCGUCCUUCAACAACAUCAUCAACUACCUGAGCCGCGUCAGACACGCAGACCAGAAAGUGUUGAUCCCAGCCUUUGACGUUCAGUCGCUGCUCCCUACCGACCUGGGUCGCUACUAUCGCUACAACGGCUCCCUGACCACGCCGCCGUGCUACCAGACCGUGAUCUGGACUCUGUUCCACGAGAGGGUUCAAAUCUCCAAGGCUCAGCUGUUGAAGAUGGAGACCCUCUUGUACUCCAGUCGAGCAGAACAUCCGGACCGGAUGCUGCUGCAGGACAACUAUCGUGCCACGCAGCCGCUCAACCACAGAGUGAUAUUUGCUUCCUUCACAGCAGAGUCGGGCAAGGAGCUCUCUUCAGGUGAAGUCACCGCCAUCGUGAUUGGCAUCAUGUGCGGCUGCGUGGGCCUGGCAGUCAUCGUCCGCUUUAUCAUCAAGACCGUCCGAUUUUUCGCUUACCUUCGCCGUGAAAGGGUCGCGGUGAACAGCUCUACCUCUAGCUGGGACGUCCUUACCAAUAACCGGCCAGCUCCGAUCCAAAGGAUGAAGCAGCCCGAGAAAGCAAACGAUAAACAGCAAGAGAUGGUUCUCAACUGCACCAGUCAAGCAGAAAAGCUCGAGGAGCGCUCGUCUGCACAAAGCGAGCCCUAACCGUGCAGAAAGAUGCCAGAACUCGUCCACGACGGGAAAAACAGUUUUAGAAGAAAGUGCGGGAAGGAAAUCACGAGGAUUAAGUCAUGAAUGCCUCCACCGAAUAAUGGUGGCAAACAUUUUGUGUGGUUGCACGCAAAGCAUUUAAAUAUGUCACUUUGCUGGCUCUCGUUGUCCCACUUGCAAUGUCUGCUGGCAUGCCUGAAUUGUUUGUGGAAAUACUUUCGACAGGGUCCCCCUCCCUUUUUCAAGUCCGCCGUUUUUCCAUCAUCUCCAUCCUGCCUUUCAGCACAAGCACACACUGCACUGACCGAAAUGUUGACAUGUUCCAUAUCUAGCCGAUGUAUUUUUAUGAGCCUGCUCGGGGACGUGAGCGUCGAAGCAUGCAGAACGGCCCACCGGCACGUGCGAGUCGAAAUAAAGUCACACAAUAGAUUUCUGAUGUAGCAUAUUGUCCUGAUUUGUCUUUUGUCAUUUUGAAUUGUUAUUGUAUUUUCAAGAUGCGCAACACAAUUAAAUUUAAGAAGCACUUCA